CGGACACAAAAAGAAGACAUAUUUUCAAUACAUUUAUUUUAUCAAUUUUUGACUGAAAACAGAGGUAAACAUGUACAGUUACCAGACUGGGCUGUGCCUCCCUGUCUACAUUGUUACAUUUGUGCUGGGCUUCCCAGCAAACAUCCUCGCCUUCUACACCUUCUGCAAGAAGGUGAGGCAGAAGCCCACGCAGAUAGACAUCCUGCUCCUCAACCUGACCAUCUCUGACCUCCUCUUCCUGCUCUUCCUGCCGUUCAAGAUCCAAGAGGUGAUGAACGGCAUGGUGUGGAAGUUGCCCUACGUGCUCUGCCCACUGUCCGGUUUUGUCUUCUACAUGACCAUCUACAACAGCACCUUCUUCCUCACCGCUGUCAGCGUGGAGUGCUACCUGGGUGUAGCCUUCCCCAUCCAGCACUCAUUGAAGCGCCGGCCGGUGUACGCUGUUGCUGCCAGCAUCUUCUUCUGGAUUUUCUCUUUACUUAAUCUGAGUAUCGUUUUAAUUGUCCCGUUUAUUGGGGAGGAUGAGUCCCUGAACUCCACAUCAGUGUUUGGUCAGAGCCAGAAGGAGGUGUGUUAUAAGAACUUCACCGAGGCUCAGCUGCGGGCCCUCCUCCCUGUCCGCCUGGAGCUCUGCAUUGUGCUUUUCUUCUUACCUCUCCUCAUUAGCAGUUUCUGCUACAUCAACUUCAUCAGGAUUCUGUCCAAUUUGCAGCACAUUGACCGGCGCCGGCGCCUACGGGCCAUUGGCAUGGCUUUGGGAACACUGGUGGUGUUUGUGUUAUGUUUUGGACCCUUUAACGUCUCGCACAUAAUUGGAUAUAUCUCAAAUAGAGAUCCUGAUUGGAGAGACAAAGCUUUACUUCUCAGUACCUUCAACGCAUGCCUUGACCCUAUUAUUUUCUACUUUUCCUCGUCUGCUGUGAGAGGAACUGUUAGUAAAGUGAUGCAAGGAGUUAAACACUCUCUACGUAGAUGCAUGUGCUGUGUCCAGACCUCGCAGCGAGGAAAUAACAGGAACGGAAAAGAGAAGGAACUCAACCAAACUGAGACCAAUGCUAUCUGUGUGGAGACAAAACAGACUCACUCUGAGUUUUGUGUGCGUAAUUACUGAUUUGUAAAUUAGGAUUUGUGCAUGCGUAUUCUAUAUUUGU